CGCUCCUCCUGCCACUCUCCCCCGGCCCACUGGUCCUACGCCACACCAAACCGAUCAGAAGGAGCAGGAGCUGAGAGCUAGCCCACACGGCGUGGAGGCCGUCGUUGCUCGGAGAUCAUGGCGGACUGGGCGCCGGUGUUCAUCGGGCUGGUGCUGUUCAUCCUCCUCUCCCCGGGCCUGCUGUUCCAGAUCCCCGGCAAGGGCCGGAUCAUCGAGUUCGGCAACUUCCAUACCAGCGGCCUCUCCAUCCUCAUCCACGCCAUCAUCUACUUCACCCUCAUCGCCAUCUUGCUCCUCGCCGUCGGCGUCCACGUGUACCUCGGCUAGCCGUCAGUUGACCGCAGCGGCGGCCUCCUCCAUCUCUGACCGGCAAGAUUAGGUACAGUGGUAGAGGCAUGUUCACCUCCAUUGGUGGUUGGCUGCUUGGUAUACUAGUAUAGGGUGGUCAAUGUGUCUUUUGGGCAUUUGUUUAAGGCUCUCUACUGUUAUUCUGCAAAAUGUAGUCUUAUCUCUUAUGUACCUGCAGUACUACUAGCUCUGCUUCUCAUGAUGGCAGUCAUCGUCUUUUUUUUUUCAGCAUGUGUCUCCUUUAGCAUGAGUUGUUAGUACUGGCUGACUCAGCUUGGAUUUGCUAGAGAUGUUAACCAUCAUGAGGGUCGAUUAUAUUUGCCACA